AUGGGCGGUCUCUGGUCCUCCCCGGCCGCGCCCGAGGCGCCGCCAUCGCGCGACGCCGCCGACGCCGCCGACGCCGCCGCCGCGCCCACGCCCACGCCCGCGCCCGCGUCGUAUCGAUCGAAGCACACGUGGCAGGAGCGCCGCGCGCGCAAGCGCGACCGCCGUCGCGCGGCGAAGACCGCCGCCCUCGAGACGCGCGAUCCGAACUCCACGGAGCACUGGGCGAAGAGCGCGACGCGACACGAGCGCGAGGCGAUCAAGCGCGUCGUGCGCGAAGACAUGACGGCGCCGUGGAGCGACGGCGGCGACGGCGGCGUUCGCGUCGUCGUCGACUGCGGCAUGUCGCAUCUCAUGAACGACGCUGAGGUGCGUUCUAUACACUGGUCCCCAUACGACCGCGUUCGCGUGGUGAACGUCAUUCCUUAA